AUGACACUAUUAUCACGUAAAAGUUUGCAUAUGCACUGGCUCUAUAUUGGUUAUGCAUUCAAAACGGGUUACAGAAAUUUCGGCCCAAGGAAUUUUCGGGAACAGAUAUUUAAUUAUUCAGAAAUUCAAUGUGGAUACAACGACGGCCUAUUUCAUCCACAAAUUCUUGCUGUUUGGGAUAGUGUAGUGAAUACUAUUUUACCUGCUGUCAUAAUUGUUAGCUUUAGCACGGCACUUAUUGUUCGUGUUUUAUAUCAAAAGCAUCAAUUAAAUCAAAAAAUUAAAUGGAGAAAUUAUCGAAAAAUGGCUGUACAAAUGUUGUCAAUAUCUUCAAUCUAUUUGUGUCUUUAUUUUAUACCUAUGCUUCUCUAUAUUGCUUAUUCAUUAGGUUUAUCACGUAUUUUUGCUCAUGAUUAUUAUGAUACUAGCUUGUAUCUCUUUUAUUUUAUCAUCAUUUUACUUCCUUUUAUAUGUGCUGUUUCAUUGCCAGAACUUCGAGCAAAACUUUGUAUUCUUAUUCAAAAACGACAACAACAAAUUAAACAUAUGAAUGUUCCACAACUUCCAACAGCUAUCCGAAAAAAUGUCCAUCGAUCAGUAGCAGUAGGACCAACUAACGAAUGUUAA